AUGGAUCGUGAUUCUCCCUUUGCAGAUCCAGAUCGUCCCGAACCGUUGCCGCAAUCGCUGCCAACGCCUUCGGGCUCCAACAGCCUCAAAGCGUCCAUCUUCGAGCAAUCGCGCAUCGUGCAUCCAUCCACCAGCGUCUACAGAAGCGCAAGUCGUCCUCGUCACGAUGACAUUCGCGAAGAGUCCUAUCACGAAAGUAUACAGCCCAGCGUCGCUUCCCUCGCAGCAGCCUCCAACGGCGGUCAGCAUGGCUCCUACACUGGCAAUGGCAUCCAUAGCUCCGACACACAAAAUGCAUCUCAAAGCAACGCUUACGAGGACGAGGACGAAGAAGAACAAGAUCCAGAGGAUCUUCUGUCCGACGAAGAGCUUGGUCUCAUAGCUGGCGAUGCUCGACGAGCCUCUCCAACCACAUCUCGAGGCUCGAGCCGCUCCCGCAACCGCCGCACCGACACUUCGGAUCCUCGCUCUCGUGCUUCUGCCGUCGGUGGUCUCAGCGCGAAGCAAAAGGCGCUCUGGCUGUGGGCCAACGUCGACAACCUCGACGCCUUCCUGCAAGAGGUGUACGCAUACUAUGUCGGCCGUGGUGCUAUCUGCAUCGCUCUCUCUCGCUCGCUCAACCUGCUCACCAUCGCCUUUGUCAUCUCCUUCUCCACCUUCUUGUUCGGAUGCAUCGACUAUUCCUCCAUCCGACACAACGGCCAGCUGAGCGAUGUCAUUGUGGGUCACUGCGUUGCUGGCUUCUCGCCCUUCGCCACCCUCGUUGUGGUGCUGCUGCUCGCUGCCUUUGGCUGGCAGGUGUUGCAGUUUGUGCUCGGUCUGUCGAGACUGAGAGCCAUGCAUCGCUUCUACGAGCAUCUGCUGGGCAUCCCCGACGCCGAUGUGCAAUCCAUCCCAUGGCACGAUGUGGUCAAUCGCCUCUCGGCGCUGCGCGAACAGCAUCCCAACACAUCGCUCAGCUCGGCAGACGAGAUUGAGCUCGGCGACCCUGCUGCCGCUUCCGGCCUCCGUCCUUCGCACCAGCAGCGCUUGGAUGCUCACGACGUGGCCAACCGCAUCAUGCGACAGGAAAACUAUCUCAUCGCCCUCUUCAACGAGAAUAUCCUUGAUCUUUCAGUUCCUGGCCUGCGAAACCGAAGCCCGGCUUUGACCCGAAGCUUGGAGUGGAACCUCAACUUUUGUCUUCUGGGCUUUCUCUUUGACUCGAACGGUCAAGUGCGACACCAGUUCCUGUCGGAGCGAUAUCGAUCCGACCUCAUCGAAGGGCUUCGACGGCGGUUCCUGUUCAUGGCCGUGGUCAAUGCCAUCUUUGCGCCGUUCAUCGUGCUCUACCUGCUGGUCUACUCGUUCUUUCGCUAUUUUGAAGAGUAUCACAAGGAUCCAUCCAACCUCGGCUCGCGGCAGUACACCCAGUAUGCGCGAUGGAAGUUUCGCGAGUUCAACGAAUUGCCGCAUCUCUUUCGAAGGCGAUGCCAUACGUCGUACGCGCCUGCCUCCAAGUACAUCGACCAAUUCCCGAAGGAGAAGACGGCGAUCGUCGCACGCUUUGUGGCGUUUGUCGCUGGCUCGUUUAUGGCGGUGCUCAUCCUCGCAUCGGUCAUCGACCCGGACCUGUUCGUCCACUUCGACAUCACGCCGCAGCGCAACGUGCUCUUCUACAUCGGAAUCUUUGGUGCCAUCCUGGCAAUCUCGCGAGGCAUGAUCCCGGACGAGCAUCUGGUUUUUGAGCCGGAAGCGACGCUGCGCGAGGUGAUCCAGCACACGCAUUACUUGCCGCAAGAUUGGAAGGGACGCUUCCACUCGGCGCAGGUGCACCAGGCGUUUGGUCAGCUGUACACGCUCAAGAUCUACAUUUUCGUUCAAGAGCUGUUGAGCGUGGUGACAACGCCGUUUGUGCUGUGGCUUUCCUUGCCCGGAUGUGCGCCGGAGUUGAUUGACUUUCUGCGCACGUAUACCGUGCACGUGGAUGGGUUGGGACACGUCUGUUCGUUUGCCGUGUUUGACUUUGCCAGGCAGCCGACGGCGAGCACGAUGGGCGGGGUCGCGGCCAAGGGUAUCCACAACAGGCAGAAUCGCCGAGGGGUUAGUGGCAAGGCCCGAGCGCUGAGGAACGGGAUGAGGGAGGGCAAAAUGGAGCAAAGCAUUCUCGGGUUCAAGGCGAACCAUCCGGACUGGGAUCCGGCAGCACAUGCCAGCACAGCGUCGAUCCAUCGUAUCGACGACGGCUCGAGGAGCGCCACUGCCACUGCCACUGCCGUCGGUGCUUCGUCCACUCUUCACAGCUACGGCAAUGGGCUGGCCAAGUCUGAUGCGCCCACGACGACUGCGACCGGAGGGCCCAAAGUCAAGGAUCUGCUGGAUCACAUUUAUCGCGGAAGCGGAGCGGCGGCAGGUGGAAGUCGAUGGUAG